GCGCGCGUUUCCGAGUCGCGACGAAACGCUCGCACAAGGCACCGUUGGUCGCGUCUUCCGCACGUCACAACGUCCGUCGCGCCCAAACCGCAAACACCGCCGUUGUCGAGAUCGUUCGCCGCCCCCGUGUCGUCUUCUCCGCGGACUUCGUGUUUGACCACUUGUGAUAAACACUAUAAUACGUAUUUCACGUCAGCUACCUGUACAAUAUUGUCUUAAUAUCGGGAACGAUAAAUUUGAAUCUAAUCCCGCCCGUCUUCGAACCGAACGAAUUUCACGCGAUCGGGAACGAAUUUCACGCGAUCGGUCGUACGAGAACACUGCAGCAUACGGUGCCUGACGAGCAUUCCGUUGUCGAGUGCUGACACAUUUGCGUUUUUAGCCCGUAUAUCUGUCGUGGAAUUUUUUUUUCGUUUUCCUGUCGUCCCCGAAACAACCGCCGCUCGAGUAUUUUUUCCGCCACCACUGCCGCCCACCCGAAAAUGGAUGGCACCGCUUUUCGCGCCGUCGUCCUGCUGAUGUUGGCGGUAUUCAAGACACACGAGGUUUCUACUCAAGAUUACGAUGUGUCCGAGAUACAGUGUUCGUUUUCGACGGACUCGCUGAGGGUGGGCAAAGCACUUUUGGGAGUCAAAGACGUGAUAUCCGCCCGGCUAAAGAAGCCCGACGGGUUCAAGGGGCACCCGCUGUUCGCCGACGACCGGUCCGUCGACCCGUUGAUCGAUCCUGUCUGCCAGAUACGACCCGACUUGUCGGACGUGUCCCUGCUGACGUACAACCUGUUGGUCACCGACUUCACGCGGUGCGGCGUGCUCAGGCGAAACGGUUUCGUGCACGUCCGAGUGUGGUUUCCGCAGUUCCCCGGCGUCGUCAUGAUGUCCGACCAAGAGCUGAUCAUAAUGUGCAAACCACCAGAACCGACAGUGAUCGAGAACAAAGCCGCCGGUUUCGCCGGAAGUUUCCCGCAUGGUGCCCGAGUUUCUGGAGUCGUGGAAGAGACGCCCGGGAGACUUGAGUACGAGGUGGCAUUGUACAAGGAAGCGCCGGCCCGAUUGACGAACUUGAGUCACAACAGCGAACUGCCAGUCGACCAGGCUGUACCCAUCGGUACCAAACUUCAACUCCGGGCCAGGAUCAACCCACAUUCAGCUUGGAAGUUUGUCAAGUUGAUGGAAGUGUCCGUGUCUCCAGAUCCUGACAACGCACACGUAUCUGGAAGUGUCGCUCUGGUAAAAGACGGAUGCCGGAAUCGGGAUUUCGCGACAAUCAUCCCGCACCAGCCGGCCAAGUACCGGGAAAGGCACAACGAAGUGUUUUUGGACUUUGAGGCGUUCCUGUUGAGCACCAUGAAGGAGCGAUCGACGUUGUGGAUUCACUCGCAGAUCAAAGCAUGCAUGGAUGCCAACGACUGUCAGCCGGAAUACUGUUUGGACUUGUUCGAGCCUUCCGGACACGGGCGCAGGCGCAGGAGGCACGUGCCGGGCACCGGGAACGGGACCGCGCUGCAGCAGCAGCAGACGUCGGCCGCCGACGACCGGAACGCGACUAACUUCGCCAAGUUCAAGGAGAACAUCGAGUACACAGUCAUCAUGCCCGAGGACAUCUACCACGGUGCCGCGACCGCGUCCGAGAACAACUGCGGGACGUUCCUGGCCCUGUCCGGGGUCCUGGGCUGUCUCCUGUUCGUCGCCGCCAUGAUCCUGUGCUACCUGACGUCCCGGCUGCAGGCGGCCAUCGGGUCCAAGUACAGGACGGCGCAACAGGACGCGUUCGGCAGCGGUCGGCUCCACACCGGCACCGGUCAACCGUCCAAGUUUCCCGUGUCGUUUUCAUCCGGUUCGUCGGCGUACUCGGGACGGCUGCACUGACGUCCGUCGUCCGAUCAGAUUCGAUUAUUUUUUCAAAUCUUUGUAAAUAGUUGUUUUUCCUCUACAUUACGACGGAACCCUCUUACACAUGUUAUAGACGCUUGAUUCACGAUUCAAUUCCUGCACGAUGGUUUUUCGUUUUUUAAAUUAUUCUUUUUUUUUUUUUUUAACUUACCUAUACGAAACACUUGUCUCGUGCUGGUAUCCAACAGCUUAAGUGGCACGGACGAUGGCUACAGGACGAUUUUAACAGCAAACAUUCGUACAUUGUCUCGGUAGGCGCAUAGUUUUGUGUUUCACUAAAAUAGCGAGUCAAAUCAUUUUCACGAUUUUACGAUGUUGGUGUAUUGUCAAUAUUUUUUUUAUUUUAAAACUAUAUUUUAAAUUUUAUAUGAAAAUAUCGAAACGUUAUAAUAUUUUAAUAACAAGCGUGAGACGACCGAUGCAUUGCGAAUUCCGUUGUUGUCCUUAAGGCUUAAGGUUGAGAAAAAAAAAACGAAAGUUGAUUGAGACGACGAGUGUUUGCUGUUGAAAAAAUUCCCUGUUUAUAUGUUACGUUUGGUUAUUCAUGUAGUAUGCAUAAACCACUAUUCGGUGCUACAGAAAAUCAUCGGUCGAGAGACACUAAAACGAAGAUUUUUUGACUUGUCUAUACUAUAAAUACACCGUUAGCUCACCGCCAUCUUUCCGCCAAAAAUUCAACCAUCGUACUAACUAAAUAAUCUACAUUAUUAUGUCGGAUCUUAUAAUAUAGGAUUGACAAUGAUUUUUUUUUUCUCUUACCCGACACCUUGGCGAUGGGUCAACCGUUCGUUGAAUACCCUCGUUUGACGUAUCGCCUGCAAUCGCCGUCCGUCCACUCAUAAUAUUAUAUCGAAUAAAAAUCGUAAUACGUUCCAAACCGUGUAAAAAUAACCACGACGGGUUGAAUUGAAUCGUGAUUUAAAUGAUACUAUUGCGUGCAUUUUGGUCCGCGACCGUAGUAUAGUAUGACAUAAUAUUAUUAGAUUUUAAUAUUAUAUUAAACACUAUAUACACUAUAUUUUAUAGUACAGAGAUGUUAUUAAGGCCGCUGUUCAGAGCAGUAUUCAGUCUUGGUCAACAAAGUUCGAUGUUAUAAAUAAAUAAAAAAAUAAAUUGUCAUUAUCAUAACAAUUGUUGUAUUGUCCGAUGACGACGCAUAAUAUUAUAUAUUAUUCAUGUCACCGCUCCUCUACUAUUAUUAUUACACGUAAGUAAAUCUUAACUGUAGUUAAUUCGUCAUCUUAUAUAGACUAGUAAAUGUAAUUGUAUUUGAUACGUGUUCAUUUUAAACAUCUGUAUUAUUUUUUUUUUUUUUUAAUAUUAUUAUUAUUUUGUAUUCGGACGAGCGAUAUAAAUUGAUAUAUGAGGCUCGUAGGCAAUUUUAUGAGCAUUAUAUUCUAUAUUAAGAUGAUGGUAUUAUUAUCAUAAUUUAAUAUAAUAUUAUAAUAUUAUAUAGGCACCUAGUAUUAUACAACGUAUAUUUAAAACAUGUGUAUUAUUUACAAUAUUACUAUUAGAAUAAAUAUUAAUAUGUUUAGUUUUGAUCA